GCUGCACAGUCACUUCCUCUAAAACGGAGGGAGGGAUGAACGAGAGACAUAGACACAGAGAAGGAGAGGAAGAGAGAGAGGAAGAAAGAAGGAAGCCAUUUUGGUUCCUCAGCGACAUGUCGGCCUGCACUUUGCUUUUUAUGCUCUUCACAUAAAAAGUACCGAGUUGAUUUUGAGGAAGUAAAAACUUUGUGAAGACGGACGGACGGCAGUUAUUUUAUUUUUAGCGAGACUUUAAGUUUUUGCAUUUUCUCAGGAAGGAGUGUGUUGAGCAGCGAGUGUGCUGAGCAGCGAGGCCUGAAGGAGACGGCAGGACGGGGAGAGUAACAGCUCAUCUCCGGGUUGGAUGAGGUUCUCCUCUCGGUGAAGGUUCUCUGGUUUGGUUCUGUGAGGAGGUUCUGUGAGGAGGACGCAGGAUGAGCGCCGACCAAGUGCCGUCCAGGACGGUGGUGUCGGGGUGGAGCCCUCAGAAGCUGGCAGACUACCUGAAGAGGAUGAACCUGACGGGUUGUGAUAAAGUGGUUCUGAAGAACUCCAUCGACGGAGCCAGAUUCGUGAAUCUGAGUGACAACGACCUCCAGAAGUUCCCUAAACUUCACGCUCCGAUGAUCUCAAAGUUCAGUGCUGAAAUCAGCAAGAAAGAGGAGAGAAGAGGCCUGUUUGGUAAAAAAUCAACACCUAAAUAUCAUGAACCAGACACGACUGCUGAAGUUCAGGGUUGGGGUGAAGACGAGUUUGAUGAUGAAGACUUCGACAGUGACUAUGAGAAUCCGUGCAGCGGUGAUGACGAAGACGAGGGCGACUACGAGUCCCCCAACGAAGACCUGGACGGGUCCAACGACUACGAGCCCCCUCCCACCGAACCACCAGAGGACCUGGUCCACAAGCUGAUCCCCAGCCUGCCCAUCUCAGAUGAAGAUUACAUAGACAGCCAUGUGACAUCCAGAGGCCCGCCCCCUACUGUGUGUCCCCGCCCCCCAGCCUCCAACCUGUCAGUAUCGACUCCCCGGAUGCCGGAGUCGUCCUCCUCCAGAAGAGACGUCUCCCCAAACUGUCGGGGGGGAAAACUCCCUCCAGGGCCGCCGCAGAUCUUUCGUGGCAACAAACCGGGCCGAGAUUCAGGAUCGAACUCGUCCCCCGUCCGAGGACCUCAACCCAACACAAUGGACAAGCCGGGCUCACAUUCUCGGAGGCCUCCUCAGGUUGAUUCCCCCGAUCCUCCCACCUGGUCCAAACCACCCGUCAUUCCUUCGUCCUCCACCUCCGUCAGCAGGACCAACUCCUCCGCCAGACCUCCUCCCAACAGGUUUGAUGGGAGGAGAGAGGUAACUCCUAAACACAACACCUUCCCCCUCCCCGGUAAAAGUCUGCCCCCCCGCCCCGGACUCCCCGGACUCCCUUCACACCAAGGAGACAGUCUGCCUCCCAGUGUUCCCAGUGCAGGAUCUCUGCCUCACAAACUGCAGUCUGCGGUCAGACAGUCGUUUCGUCCUUCUCCACCUACGACAGCACACACACAGGAGCUGGACCCUCGCUGGUAUGUUGGCAAAGUGACCAGAAGUCAGGCAGAGGGAUGUCUGAAACAAGUCAAUAAGGACGGGGCGUACCUGGUGAGGGACAGCACCCGGCAGCAGCCCAACCAGCCCUUCACCCUGAUGGUCCUCUACCAGGACAAAGUCUACAACAUACAGAUCCGACAGCAGAACCAAAACUUCCUGCUGGGAACCGGACUCAAAGCCCAGGAGAUCUUCCCAUCAGUGAGCGGCAUGGUCUCCCAUUACUCCCAGUCUUACCUGCUCCUCAUCGACGCCAAGAACCGCAGCCCCGGCCAGCAGAACCAGUGUAAGCUCUCCGACCCGGCCGGGUACCACAUGAGCCGGCAGCAGUGGUCCUGACCGGAUAGAACCGGAUCAGACCGGAUCAGACCGGAUCACAGAACUAAACCAGAGGAAAACAACAAACAGAAUACAUUUGUUUUUCUGUGACCGACAGUGAAAAGUUCUGGUUUCUUCGCGUCGCUUCAUUUGCUUCUUUUUAAAGAUUUAUUAAUAACAGUUUGUAUCUUUGUGUCAAACCUUUAAAGGUUUUACAUUUAACGUCUGUAUGACGCUACACAUCCAGGACAAGAUGUUGGAUGAACGCUGUAUUUGUACAACAUUAAAGUAGAAUCCACAUUCAAACUAUGCAUGUUUAUGGUUGAAGCUGAGCUAAAUAAAUCCCAAGUUCCAGAGUUGUAUUUACAGAUUACAUU